AUGGUCAACAUCGCCACACUAAAUGGUCAAGUGCACCUUUAUGUGGUACACUUCGUCUGUGAGCCUAUAGUAGUACAUAUGAUAGAGGGUGGGACUGAGGCAGAAGUUGUUGUGGAUGGUGCAGUUGAGGGUGAGGUUGAUGUGGAGACUCGGGCUGAUGAAGAACCUGUUGUUGUGGGUGGGGUUGAGGUGGAAGUUGGAGUGGAUGUUGCAAGUCAAGGUGAGGGUGAUGGUCAUAUGGAGGUUGCAGUUGAUGAAGAACAUGUAGUCAUGGGUGGGGUUGGGGUGGAAGUUGGUGUAGGUCGUGCAGAUAAGGGUGAGGGUGAUGUGGAGGUAGAGGUUCAGGCUGAUGAAGAAGAUGUAGUGAUAAGUGGGGUUGAGGUGGAAGUUGAAGUGGAUGGUGCAGGUGAGGGUGAAAUGGAGGGUGAGCCUGAUGAAGAACCUUUUAAAGUGGGUGGUGCAGGUGAGAAUAAGGGUGAAGUGGAGGUUGAAGCAGUUGAACAACCCGAUAUGGAUGUGGAGGUUGAGGAUGAUGAAGAAGAUGCUGUGGAGGGUGAGGAAACAGACUAUGAGGGUGAUGAUGACUAUGAGGUGAGGAGUUGGACUGAUUCUGAAGAGGAAGUAAUGGGUGAGGAUGAGUUGUAUGAUGUUAGAAUUGAAACCGAGGAAUUGGAGGAUGAUCUGUAUGAUGUUACAAUUGAAGGAGCAAGUGGUUCGUCUAGAACAAACCCAAAGGGUAAAAAUGUGUUUGAUAGGGGGUUGUCUGAUAGUGAAUGGGAGUUUGAGACAUUAGAUAGUUGUGGAAAUAGUGAUGCAAGUGAUGACGAUAGAGAUAAGUAUGGUAACUUUGGGAUAUUCUCCAUGUCUAAAAGUAUGGAAGACUAUAAUUGGGAAGUUGGGACAUACUUUACUGAGAAGGAAGAAUUCACUGAGGCUAUUAGAACUUAUGGUGUGCAAACUCAGGCAACUGAUACCAAUGGUGCUCAACAAAGUUAG